AGACAAGACGAGCCACAUGGAUUCGUGUGAUGCUGCUGAUCCACUCGAUGUCAAAGUGAUCGAAGUGCAACAUCGGUUCUCCGUCAGCAAAGUCAGUGAGCAAUCGCUCGAAGUUCGACCAAGGACACAAUCUUUUCCGCCGGAACUGAUUAAUAAAGUCAAUGAGAAACCACCAGUGGAUCGGCCAAGGACAAAAUCUGUUCUCCAGGAGUUUCAUGAUGUUAUGUCAGAUGUGAAACGAUCGUUACUGGAUAUGAGUCCUGGUGGAAAAACAGACGACGAAGAGGAACCGUCCGAGGACGAGCUGGUCGAGUCCAAUGAAACCUUUGCGGAGUUCUGUUCACGACAAGCUAGGAAUGUUUUGCAUUUCCUGGUAGAGGACUGGUGUCUCUCUGCACUUCUUGGAGUAAUCACAGCUGUGCUUUCGGUUGGCAUGGAUGUCGCCAUCGAAGUGCUUCAGCACGCUCACGUUGUACUAUACGAGUUAUGUUUACAAACUUCUGCGUACUUAGCUUUUUUCUCAUGGAUUUUUCAUAUCGUCGCGUUCACAGCCCUUUCCGCUGUAUUUUGUCAGAUAGUCUCCAAACAAGCCGUAGGUUCUGGGAUUCCAGAAGUAAAGGUGAUCAUGCAUGGAUUCAAAAUGGAUAAUUACUUAACAUUUCGCACGCUUAUCGCCAAAAUGGUGGGACUGACGUUGGCGAUGGGAGGUGGAUUACCCAUUGGGAAAGAAGGUCCCUUUGUCCACAUGGGUGCAAUAGUUGCCACCUUACUUUCCAAAAUCACUGCAACCUGCCAAUACUCUGCGUUUUUCUCAAACGAAGGCCGGGAAAUGGAAAUGCUCAGCAGUGGCUGUGCUGUAGGCAUAGCCUGCACAUUCUCAGCUCCAAUUGGAGCUGUACUUUACGCCAUUGAAUCCACUUCGAAAUAUUUUGCUGUAAAAAACUACUGGAGAGGUUUUCUGGCUGCAACUUGCUCAGCUAUUGUCUUCCGAUUUGCAAACUUUUUUGUCACUGCAGAACAAUCGGGGACGAUAACAGCAUUUUAUCAAACUAGGUUUCCCACUGAUGCGUUUUUGAUUGAAGAGUUACCAGUGUUCAUGUUACUCGGCUUUAUCAGUGGUAUGAUGGGUGCCAUCUUCAUCUUUACACAUCGCCGUAUAUCCCUAUUUCGGCAGCGAAACAAAGUGUUCAAAAUGAUUUUUAAAAACAACUUUCUCAUGUUCACAGUUUUUAUGGCAUUUGUGGUUGGAGUCCUUACGUAUCCUCUGGGCUUCGGGAAGUUCAUUGCUGGACAGCUCACAUUCCGAGAAACAAUGGCAGAUUUUUUCAACAACUGCACUUGGUAUACAAAUGAGACUUCGAGGCGAUGCCCCGAACAGCUCAUUCAGCACUGGACCGGUGAUGGAGCUGUAACCAUCUUCACAUCACUCGCUACUUAUUAUAUUGUUUACUUUUUAUUGGUUGCUAUUUGCAUCUCUAUCAACGUUCCCGCCGGUGUUUUUGUGCCAUCUUUUGUUAUAGGAGCUGCAGGAGGAAGACUAGUUGGAGAGAUUAUGGUAUUCAUUUUUCCUGAGGGCAUGAGAGGAAACGUUGGCCCACCAAUCUAUCCUGGGCUUUAUGCUGUAGUGGGUGCUGCGGCAUACACUGGAGCAGUCACCCACACUUUGUCAGUCGCAGUGAUCAUCUGUGAACUUACCGGACAACUUGCACCAAUACUUCCUGUACUGAUCGCUAUGUUGAUGGGUAAUGCCAUUUGUAAAUUCCUGCAGCCGUCCAUCUAUGAGAGCAUCAUUCGCAUAAAGAAAUAUCCUUACCUACCCGAUUUACCUCCAUCACGAAUCAGUGUGCACACAGUGAAAGUUGAACAAAUUAUGGUAUGCGAUGUGAUCUACAUUACCAAAGACAUGACAUACAGGGAGAUGAAGGAACUACUGCAAACGGCACCACAUCUCAGGAGUUUUCCCAUCGUUACUGAUCGCGACAGCAAAAUUCUUCUUGGAUCUGUGGCGAAGCGUUAUCUGACGAUGUUGCUACGGCGGCAUGUGCUCAUCACUCAGCAGGAUAGUCGUGCAAGUGUUCGGAUGACUCCAACUGACAUAUUCAAUUCGAUUCGACGGACGAGCAUGAGAUUGUCAAAGCGUUCGUCGACACGUCGGUCAAAGGAAGCUCGAGAGAACGAAAGCACAAAAAGCGAUCCCGAAAUGGAAGUUCUCACUGACAGGACGUACAGCGGUAACACGUUGUUAUCCAUUUCUCCACUUCAUGCCCCGAACUCCGUUCCAUUACAAGCUGUGUUCACUCGUCCAUCAUCUGCUGAGUUGAUGAAGAUGCAUGAUAAAGAUCCGGAAGCUCUUCUUGAUCGCAAAAUAGACCUCGAUGAAAUCGCCAUCGAUGCUGCUCCAUUCCAACUUGUGCUAGGAUCUUCAUUAUACAAAGUUCACACCUUGUUCAGUCUUCUCGGGCUUUCACAUGCUUACGUAACUGAUUGCGGAAGACUCGUUGGUGUAGUCGGUCUAAAGGAGUUACGGGAUGCUUUGGCGAAUAUCUACGUACGAGGCGCAGUGGCUCCUGAGAGGAAACUCACCGCAAGCAAUGUUCCGAACUUCAAGGGUAGCAAUCAUAAAAUCAGCGAUUCUGAGGAGACGAAUGGCCUGAUAGUGUCGACGGAGCAGCCGAGAUAUGGCAAUACACUAACUGUGCCACAGUGUUUGUAGGGGUAGAGAAGCGAAUUUAGGAUCGAAAAGAGAGUCUCUCGUAACUUGAGGUAGUGCCCAUUUUGUUGAUGUUCAUUGCCAGUAGUUCUCACACACGUUGUUCAGUUUGUUCAUUGUUGAUUCUAGUGAUUCUAGUCACGGCCUAGUCAUUGUUACAUGUUGUAUAUAGUACUCAUAUUUAUUUUGCUCCCACUGUAAUGCUCGACGCACCCAGUCACACAAGUGCAACUCCCCUCAAGAGUGCAAAGCGUGUGCGUUGCAAUAAGUUCAGUACUGGUUCUUUCAUGAGCUUCAAUCUUCCAGCCUGGUUGUUUUUGGCAAUGUGCGUGCGCGUGUCCCGAUUUGUAUGGGAAAGUUGCUCACGCAGACAACUGCACAAACCGCUCCGAGCGGCACGAUUCUAACGCCUUUGAGUCACGAAAAAGGAAUAAAAGGCAGACUGAACCGCCUCGCUGUCACGUACGCGGGUUGAGCAUUGUCUGUCAGUAACUCAACCACACAUUCGGUGCUUGUUGGUAUCUCAGCCGUAUGUAAAUUGCAUCUAUUUAUGACUCAUUCAACUUACACGUUCCAGCUUCACACAGGUUCCAUAGCGUGCGAAAUACGUGUCCAGUGUACCCAUGCAUUCAGAUUAUGGAUUUUCUUCAUCGAAUAAAAC